AUAAUUAAACCUAGUCCUUGACAGCCCAGGUUUAGGAUUUGACGUUUGACUUGUCAAAAUUCUAACCUCAAAAUGGUUGUAAAUGCUUUAAAGCCUUUAAAUCAAAUUGCUACUUUUCUGAAGGUCCAGCCUGGCAAAAUCACCCUUGAUGAUGAUUCUAUGCCUGUGCGUGUUGUCAACAAAAACACAAGUUCCGGCUAUAUUAACAUAAUUCUUGAAUUGGUAAAAGAAGGAAAAGCAAGUUUGGAAGGCUGUUCAGACUUAGAAAAAGCCCUGAUUCGUCAAUGGAUUGAGUAUGGGUUUGUUUACGUGGCUAAGGCAGACAACCCCCAGCAAAUCUUAAAAGAACUUAACGCAGUUUUGGCCACAAGGACGUAUUUAGUUGCCCACAAAUUAACAAUUGCUGAUGUUUUUCUUUACUACUUUUUGCAAGAUAUAAUGGGCAAGUUAUCGAUUUUGGAGAAAGAAAAAUAUUCACACGUUUCUCGCUGGUUUGACAAUUUGCAACAAAACUCUUCAAUUCGCCAGUCAAAUAAAUUGGUAAACUUUGACACGCUUUAUUUAGCAAGUGUGGCCCCAGCAAGGCGAUAAAUAAAAUUAUUUUUAUGUAUGCAAUUAUUUAUUAAUAAAACAAUUCUACAUAG